GAGAGAGCGGUGCCGCGCUCCGCGGGCGCCACCGCGCCUUCACCCGUUUCCGCGGCGCGCCAGCAGGGGCACCCCCGCCACCCCGGGCGCGAACGAGCCCACCACCCACCACGCCGGCCUUUAAAGCGGCGGAGGAGACGCGCGGAGGCGACCGGCGUAUAGAAGCAAAAAACCGUUAGGCACGACCGGCGCCGGGAGAGGGGGUGGAAGUGGAAGCUUCCCUCGCCGAAGCCCCCCCUCCUCCGCCAACGCACCACGCGCGGGUGCGGCGCCGCGCCGAUGGGGACGGAGGUGUUCCGCCCGCACGACUGCCUCGCCCGCGCCAGGCGGCCGCGGCCGCUGCGCCCCGGACCGGCCGGGAGGAGGGCGGCGGCGGCGGCGCGCGGCGGCGACGCGCGGGGCCCCUCCGCUUCCGCGGCGGCGGCGACGGCGACGGCGCCGAGGCAGGUCCGGACCAAGGUGGCGGAGGCGUACGCGGGCCCGGCGUUCGGCGCCAUGUCGCCGUCGCCGCGGGCGCUGCCGCUGCCGCGGUUCCCCGCCAGGACGGCCGCCGACGCGGCGCCGGGCGUGGACGACGCCGCCACGCGGGAGCUUCGGCGGCUGCUGGGGCUCCACUGACGUAAGACCAGGCGAGUUUGUAAAGAGGGUAAAGGAGGAGGUAGCCAUGGCUGUCCUGCAUGAGCCCAGCAACACGUACGCGCGAGAUUUCAGACGCGUGGUGUCUCGUCCAUUGAUCCGCUCCAGUUCGCGGCGCGGCCCCUGUUUCUCCGGCGGUGGUGCCCGGCCGUGCCGGGGCGCGCCGGCUUCGAAAGUGCCCUCCCUUGCCUGAUGUUUUUUUUGUGAAAGGGCAAAGGGAGGCGAGGAGCGGUGGCUCGGUCGUCAGAGACACAAAGGGAGGGAGCUAAACGUGCUACAGCCAUCUUUUACAGGGGAGAGAUGCCAUUUUCAUGUCAUGUGGUUGAUUUAAUCUGAUUAUAUUAAAGGAAAAUCUUUAGACAUCC